UCUCGCUCCCUUGCCUGUCAACUUCCUGGUUUCCGAGGCAAUGCCCAAGGUGAAGAGAAGCAGGAAGCCUCCCCCGGAUGGCUGGGAGCUGAUCGAGCCGACGCUGGACGAGCUGGAUCAGAAGAUGAGAGAAGCGGAGACCGAGCCUCACGAAGGGAAGAGGAAAGUGGAAUCCCUUUGGCCUAUCUUCAGAAUCCAUCACCAGAAAACACGUUACAUCUUUGAUCUCUUCUAUAAAAGAAAAGCCAUCAGCAGAGAGCUCUACGAGUACUGCAUCAAGGAAGGAUACGCGGACAAAAACCUGAUCGCAAAGUGGAAGAAACAGGGUUACGAGAACCUCUGCUGCCUGCGGUGCAUCCAGACACGGGACACCAACUUUGGAACCAACUGCAUCUGCAGGGUCCCCAAAAGCAAGCUGGAAGUGGGACGAAUCAUUGAAUGCACUCACUGCGGAUGCAGAGGCUGCUCUGGGUGAAGCCUUUAGCCAUGAGAUGACUUUCUGAACUCUGAGGGAUGGCAUCCUGCACGAGGGACUGUUGGUGCAGUUACAGCCACCUUCUGUGUGAUUGGGUAUUUCCGUAUAGCGAUUAAACCAGCAGCGUAUUCACCUGGGUUGUACGUACCAUGGUGGUUGCUUUGGAGUAAGUUUGUGUAGCUGUUUAUUUUAGAAUAAAGUCUGCCCUCGUGAGA